AUGGAAAUAGCUGAUUCUGAACAAUACAUAGAAACGAUUGAUUUUAAACUUAAAAUUGGAAAGAUUGAUCCUGAACUAGAUACAGAAAAAGUUGAUUCUGAACAAGACACAGAGAAGAGUGAUAUUGAACAAGAAGUAGAGAAGAUUGAUCCUGAAAAAGAGAAGAUUUAUUCUGAACAAAAAACAGAAAAUAGUGAUUCUGAACAAGACACAGAGAAGAUUGAUCCUGAACAAGACACAGAGAAGAUUGAUCCUGAACAAGACAGAGAAAAAAUGUAUUCAGAACAAGACACUGUUACAGUAGAAGUUGAUCCUGAACAAGACACAGAGAAGAUUGAUCCUGAACAGGACACAGAGAAGAUUGAUCCUGAACAGGACACAGAGAAGAUUGAUCCUGAACAGGACACAGAGAAGAUUGAUCCUGAACAGGACACAGAGAAGAUUGAUCCUGAACAGGACACAGAGAAGAUUGAUCCUGAACAGGACACAGAGAAGAUUGAUUCUGAACAGGACACAGAGAAGAUUGAUUCUGAACAGGACACAGAGAAGAUUGAUCCUGAACAGGACACAGAGAAGAUUGAUUCUGAACAAGACGCAGAGAAGAUUGAUUCUGAACAAGACACCGAGAAUAUUGCUUCUGAACAAGACACAGAAAAGAUUGAUUCUGAACUAGACACAGAGAAUAUUGCUUCUGAACAAGACAAAGAGAAGAUUGAUUCUGAAAAAGACACAGAGAAGAUUGAUUCUGAACAAGACACAGAGAAGAUUGAUUCUGAACAAGACACAGAGAAGAUUGAUUCUGAACAAGACGCAGAGAAGAUUGAUUCUGAACAAGAUGCAGAGAAUAUUGAUUAUGAGCAAGACACCGAGAAUAUUGCUUCUGAACAAGACACAGAGAAGAUUGAUUCUGAACAGGACACAGAGAAGAUUGAUCCUGAACAGGACACAGAGAAGAUUGAUCCUGAACUGGACACAGAGAAGAUUGAUUCUGAACAAGACACAGAGAAGAUUGAUCCUGAAUAA